UUUGAGUAACAAAUACCACGACCACUCGCCGGCGGGACGGAACGAAUGAGAAAGACCCUUGGAUUGUGAUAUCGUCUGCAGCGUCAAGAACACCACUCUUGAAGGUGAGGGACGACUGACCGGUGAAAAUGGCGUUGAUGGCAACAAGUUGCAGGUGGCAAUCAAUUAUGUUGUUGGGCCUUGCCACCUUCAUCAUCUGCAGUUAUUUUACAGGAGUGAAUGGUGCAGAUGGAGAUGAAGCGCCUAUUGUUAAGUUGGGUAAAUCAUCAUCCGUACAGGGACUGAUCUUGAAGGCAUUAGAGUCCCCAACGCCCGUCUAUAACUUCCGUGGUAUCUAUUACGCUGCACCUCCAACCGGCAAACGUCGCUUUGGACCCCCUGCAAGAAGAAAACCUUUCGAGGGACUCUCAGACGGCACCAGGUUUGGACCUCUCUGUCCGCAAAACCUUGAAACAACAGAAAGAGUCUUCAGAGGCAUGCCGUUCCCGACGCGGGAAAUGAACGAAGACUGUUUGCAUCUUAAUAUCUAUACUCCUGAUCUGGACGAGAAGGCCAAGUUGGCCGUCAUGGUGCACUUCUCGGGAGGUGCGUUCGCUAAUGGGGGAGGAGGUUUCUAUGAUGGAACAGCCUUAGCGGCUCAUCACCAAGUAGUGGUGGUCACCGUCAAUACACGUCUCGGUGCUUUAGGAUUCUUGAGUACCAGUGAUGUCUCAGCUAUGGGGAACUACGGGCUCUUGGAUCAAGGUGUUGCACUACACUGGAUCGGUUCUCAUAUCAAACAGUUUGGUGGUGACCCCGACAGAAUCACCAUCAUGGGUGAGUCGUCCGGCGCCAUGAGCGUCUGCCUCCAGCUCGUGUUUUCACUGAGCGAGGGGCUCUUCCAUCAAGUGAUCGCUCAGAGUGGUGUUGCCACCUCACCGAUAGCCCUGGUUCGAGAUCCUAGAGAGUUAGCGGAGAAGCUAGGUACCGCCCUCAAGUGUCCCACGGAUAACUCCAGGAUUCUUGUCGACUGCUUGAGACAGAAACCAGCCGAUAAGAUUGCGAGAGUGAAGCUGGUUAAUCGACCCAUUGAGUUUGGUCCGGUGGUGGAUGGGAUCUUCUUAAGAGACGACCCAAGAACAAUCCAGACUCAAGGAAAAAUACCCAGGAAGAAUGUUCUUCUUGGAUUCAACAGUGAUGAGGGAGGUGGGUCGUUACUAGACACCAGAGUAUCGAGUGACCUGCUAAAACUUCUCUCACAGAGUACCUUUAGUAAAUUCCUUGAACAAAUGCUGUAUCUGGUGAUCCCUAAAAGUUUACCAGCCAUGCCGCUAGUGAGGGCCAUCACCAAUAUGUACGUAGACACUGAGGGUACAUGGGACGAUGAUCAGGCCCAACAGUACUUCAGCGACAUCAUCACUGACUGUGUGUAUGUAGCUCCGGCAGUCGGUACAGCUGAUGCUCUGAGUGAGAGAGGUUUUUCUGUUUUCAUGUAUGAAUUUGAACAUCGCUCUCGAGAUUCCACACUCCCGUCUUGGGCCAAAGCAGACCAUGGAGAUGAGGAGGCAUAUGUAUGGGGCGAACCAUUCAUGGACAGGGGGUGGAAAGGACCAGAGGCCUUCACAGAAGAAGAGAAAGAAUUGUCACAAAAGAUGAUGUUGUAUUGGACAAACUUUGCGAAAUAUGGCAACCCCAAUGGUGUUUCCAAGCCGCAGGACAGCAAUCUCUCCGCACCCUACUGGUCGAAGUACACCCGGGCUGACAAGAAAUACAUGCAGCUUGAUAACACCCCACAAGAAGCUCAGAAUAUCAAAUCUGAGAAAGUCGUCUUCUGGAAUAAACUCUUUUCCUUCUGGAAGCUCGGGAAGCGAAGGAAGGAGGAGCUGUAAGUUCUACCACAGAUACUGUUUCUUGAGACACGGUCAGGCAUGAUAUUCUUUCUACUUAAAGGAACAUGACAGAAUUGGUAAGUAGAAAAAUCAUGAAGAUCA